CAGUUGUCAUUUGUCAAAGUCGGCUCGGGGAUUCAACUGAUAAGUCGGUGCAUUGGGUUUUGUUUUUAGUACAGUGAUCACUGCUGAUUUUAAUAAUAAAAAAUAAAUAAUAUAAAAUAUUUCACAUACGUUCUUAAGUAUCAGUUAAGCAUUGAAAUGACCGCCACUGAUAAUGAAUACCCUAAGGCUUCUAAUGCCACAUUGAUUGGUGCCAGCAUCACGUAUGUGGCAGGCUUGUUCCUGUUGCUUUCUUUUGCUGGUCCAUACUGGAUAGAAUCUUAUCCAGAAAUGCUGUCCUCUUUCAAGCACAUGGGCUUGUGGGAAUAUUGUUUUGACAGAUUUAGGUUCCCAUCAUAUCAAUUUGAUAAGCUGUUUCAUGGUUGUCAUUACAUUUUUAGUCAGGAAUUUUAUGUAAUUCGAGAGUGGCUCCUUCCUGGAUGGCUUAUGGCAGUGCAGUCGUUUGUCACAUUGGCAUUUAUGUUAUCUUUAAUUUCUCAAGUCAUACUGGCGUGUGUCAUUGUCCGAUGGCCCCUACGUACUGUUCUGCGUUAUGAAUGGGUACUUGUGUCUGCUGCUUUUGUUAUGGUGACAAUUUCAAGUGUUUUCCUAUUUCUGGGAGUGGCUGUAUUUGGAGGGAACUGUUAUCGUCGUGAUUGGUUGUUGUAUCCUUCAUUCAAUGUUCUCUCAUGGUCCUAUGCUUUUGCGGUUAUUGCUUUUAUCAUGUUUGGUGCUGCAGCUAUCCUGUUAUACUUGGAAUCGCGCAAGCUCUACGAGCUACGUCUCGAAGCUAAGAAUCUCGUUGCUCAGAUGCAGCACAGCCAACCUGAGCAUGCGUUACAUCAGUUGCGUGACCAGUUGCAACAACAACGACAGUGGAAUAUGUAGACACGGUGAUAGUAAUGACUAGUGAUGUGCCGGAUAUUCGUGGAUAUCGUAGAAGAAAAUGAAACUAUAUUUGUUUCUUUUACUUUUUGCUGGAUCUUGAAAAAAUCUUAUAUAUUAUUAAAUAAUAAUUCGCUUAUAAAAUUUUGAAUAUAAGUAGCAUUGAAAUCCUAUCAAAUUACAUUUAAAUUAAUUAAUUAAUUUUUAUUACAGUGAAUUAUUGCCAUCAACUAGAGAAAAAAGUGUAGGUCCGUUUCCAUAUUCGUAUUCGCGAAUUAUACAUUUUUAACGAUCCGUCACAUCACUACUAAUGAUUGCUACGUAAUGUUUGUACCUGCUAUCGUUUUCCUCCAAAAUUAUAGUUGUAAUAUUCACUCGCAAAAAUUUCAACCACAUACUUUUUCAAACUACGAACACAAUUCUAUGUUUUAUAUACAAAAAAUGUAAGAGAUUCACCAAGAAUGCGAUGCAGUAUUCGGUUAAGUUUUGUGGUUUUUCAUUAUUCUUAAUUUACAUAUAUAAGACAUUACUUUAUAAUUUAUUUCAUGGACAUGUUAAAAUUGUGCAUAGUGCACUAUAAAUAAGAAAUGGUUAUGAACCACUACAUGAUCAUUUUUAUUGUAUUUAUUCUUCCUCAUCUGACUGAAUACUUUAAAUUUAUUAUAUGCUAUUAUAGUACAUACAGUUUCGAUUUAUUUUUAAAGUAAUAUCUAAAGUGAAAUUAUAACAAUGAAAAACUACAAAAGUUUAUAAGAGAUAGUAACAUUCUGAUUUUUGUUCAUAAGUGCUUCUUAGGUGUUUUCAUGUAUUUUUAUAUAACUAUAGUGUAAUAUUAUAACGUACAUCCUAUUGAUAAACAUUUUUUAUACUGACAUCUUAAAACACAAUAUAAAAAAAAAAACUUAACUAACAGGCUGUCAAUAUAAUAAACAAGGAUUAGCUGCAUUACUCAUAUUCCACCUCCAUGAUACUUAAUGAUCUAUCCGCAUGUAAAUCAUACAUAAUAUUGUCCGAAUGAAUUCAAUUUUUAUAUUUUCGAGAUAGAAGUAAUUUUCUAUUUAUUAAUCUUCGUUUUUUGCCUUAAUUAAGGAUUAAAUUAUUUUUUGUGUCCGACUAAUCUAUUGCAAAUAAUAUCUAACUCUCCCUGGGGCCCUGAACCCCGGCCGACUGUGCUUCUGCCGGGGGUUAGUUGCCAUCUCCUCUCCUUAAGAGGGGAGAUGAGAAUUUUGGUAAAAUAAAAAAAAAAGUAAUAAUAAUAAUAAAAAAACACUAUCUUUAAAUAUCGACGAAAUAUGAGGAGCAAGGCAAUUAUUAAAAUAAAGUUUAGAUUAUUUAAAAAAGCUUCCAUGCAAUGCCGUUGUGUCGGUAACACUUACUGUACUAUAGUGUUUUGCUAUUUAAAUGAGCAAAAGCUUUACAAAUACCGCUUUUGUAGCAAUUAAAUUUGUCAUCACACUAAAAAGUAGUUAUUAUUUUUUUUAAGUGUACUCUAGAUUAAUUUUGAACUGGGGUUUAAAUGAUAAUAACGGGAAUUACCGAUGUGAAGGAAUUUUAAAAUCAAUAAGGAAACUAUAUAACUGUAAUGUGAUAAACAUCUAAAAAUGAAAUCUACUAUUCUUAUUAUUAAUCUCACGUUGGUAGGUAAUUAGUGGCUUAUCUAUAUAUACAUAUACAGACAAAAAGUAGGUUUUACACGAGUAUUCAUUUAUUAUAUUAUAUUUAUAUUUAGACUUAUUUUAAUUUCAAUAAUUAUGAAUUAAUUAUAUUUUUUUGAAUGUGCAAUUAUGUUUAUCUCAGAAAUCUAUAUAAUUAUGAUACCACAGUGUUAGAUCAGCACCAAGAAUGAAACUAUUUUAAUUUUGGUACUAUGUUAGUAUGAGAUUUCAUAUUUUUAAAUAUGUAGGUAUUUAUAGAUAAAAUAUAAAGUAAAGAUUACCUAUUAUUCACACAUUAUGCCUAUUUUUUUUGAGACUUAUUAUUUUAUAAGAUUACAAAAAGACUUGAUUAAAUCUUCUGCCCAUUGUAAUGUACUUACUAGUUAUUUGGAGAUCGAGGGCAAAGUAAUAGUUAUUAUUUCAUCUCAGUUUUAUCCUCAAACACUUGAAUCUCACUGUAUCUCAUUAUUUCUGUUUUAAUAUUAAGUUAAUUAGACUGAAAGGCACUAAUGUUACUAUAUAUAAUUAUAGGUACACAUUAGAUAACUAGUGUUUCAUAGUCUCCGAGUAAUUAUUAUGUAAAAGAAUGUUUUUCCUUUUGAUUUCAUGUAUGUAUUAAUCUAAGUUUUAGGGUUCUCGACAAGUGCGUCUUAUAUAAUAUUUAUACAUAUUAUAUGCAUUUGUCAUAAUGUCUUGCUAAUUUUUAUUUUAUUAAUAAAUUCUGUACGGAGGAACAACACAUCAGGAAUAGCAACCCAUAUUUUGUGGAUAAGAAUUUAUGUGUAUGUAAUAUAUUACAUAUUUAUAGAUACUUUUAGUUAAUUAUUGUUAUAACAUAUAGUAAUUGUUAUAUUAAUUAAGAAUACUAUGUAUAACACAUUUGAAAACGUCGUCUCUGAUUUCUUGUCGAGAGUCAAUAGGUAAUUAAUUAUAACGUUAGACUAAUCCGUCCAAUGAAGUUAUAUAUUCAUUUAGAGCGUAUUUCCAUUUGAUGGAUAAGUAUGAUAUAUUGUAUUAUGUAUAUAUUGAGUGGAAAUAUAUUUUUAACUAAAA